AUGGAGUUCGAAUCGUAUCCUCGACAGCAUUUCCCCAUGGGCAACUUUGCGGGUACGGGAACGCUUGACAUGUCGACGAUGGCUGCCGCCUUGCCCGACUAUCAAAUGCGACAGUACCAGCAACAACCAUACGCUCAGCACUACCAGUCCUCCAGUGCUCCAAACCCGUCCGUGAUGUACCAAUACCACCAAGGCGCGCAGUUUGCCGGCCAGGCUGCCGCGACCCCAAGCCAUUCGUUUGCGCAACAAUAUCCAUCGCCGUUUGUUCAGGGCGCGCCGGCACGACCACAGCAGGGAGCAGCCUACUCACAUUUUGUCACGAAUACAGGCCUUGCGGCUGGCCCACAGCCCUUUCAAAACCAAUCUUUUCUUCUGCAACAGCCGGUGCUACAUCACUCGGGGACGGCAAGCCAGCACCAUCACCAGCAGCAGCCGCCUCAUUUCCCACAGGCUCACGGAUCUUCAGCCUACGGUGUCCCAUACGGGACAGGGAUCGCAUCUGGCUACACGCUUCCGCAAGUGCGGCUGGACAAUAGUAUGGCACAGGUUCAAACCUCAAACGUUUAUCCACAGCUGAACCCCCAAGCCGUGAGAAGAAGCAGCUCAAACUCGUCUCUGCAGACCUCUGCGCUCCGAGGGCCACCUAGAAAACCCAGGCAAUCUGGCCAUGCGCUUUGGGUGGGAAACUUGCCGCCUGCAACCCAUAUAAUCGACCUGAAAGACCAUUUCGCUCGGGAUGCGACAGAGGACAUCGAGAGUGUCUUUCUGAUCUCGAAGAGCAACUGUGCUUUUGUGAAUUAUCGCACCGAGGCCAGUUGUGCAGCUGCCAUGACUCGCUUCCACGACUCCAGGUUCCAAGGCGUGCGACUAGUGUGCCGGCUCCGACGUGGAAGCGCUUCCACAGCGACCUCAACGCAAACCGGGGCACAUCAGUCGGCAUCAGCCGAAGAAGGCGAGACACCAGAAGCUGGUGGCAAAGAUGCAGCAGUAAUUGACGGAACAAUCACUGCGGAGCCUGAACCGAUGGGGAAGGUAAAGGAGAAGUUCUUUGUUGUGAAGAGCCUGACGGUGGAGGAUCUGGAGCGUAGUGUGGUCAGUGGGAUAUGGGCCACGCAGGCUCAUAAUGAGGUCGCUUUGAACAACGCGUACCAGACUGCCGAGAAUGUCUACCUGGUCUUUUCUGCGAACAAAUCUGGCGAGUAUUUUGGUUAUGCUCGGAUGGAGUCUGCCAUCGACGACGAGUCUGUCACCAGCGUCGAAAUCCAGCCACGGCCAGAGGCACCAGAGCCGAGCCCAGCUGAUCUGCCUUUGACCAUCCCGACCCCAGCCACUGCGACAGCGCCUAAAGGACGAAUCAUCGAUGAUUCGGCCCGCGGGACGAUCUUCUGGGAGGCAGACACGGCCACGCAAGAGAAAGAAGAACAACACACGGAUGAAGAGGCCGGCAACAUAUCAGGCGAAGGUUACGAGUCGGCCAGCCCAGGCACCCCACAAACUUUUGGGAAGCCUUUCAAGAUCAAGUGGAUGUCGACCGAUCGCCUGCCGUUUUACAGGACGAGAGGUCUGCGAAACCCCUUGAACGCCAACCGCGAGGUCAAGAUUGCCCGCGACGGCACCGAGAUCGAACCCAGUGUUGGCCGGCGGCUGGUCAACAUGUUCCACCGUCCUCCAGUGCCAUCUGCAAGCCCUGGUGCGACUCGACCACAGCCUCCUCCUCCAGGACCUAUGGGGGGUUUCAUGUCUCCUCAUGGCGCCGCACCAGGAGGCAUGUAUGGCCGGAGCUACUGA